AAGGGCAGAUUUGCCGACCAAUCCCCCAUAGACAGACAUCAUCAAGAAGAAGACGCGCACAAUACUCUCUGAGGAGAGAGAGGGAGAGCGCUAGCAGAAGAGAGAGAACAAUAUGGAAGAGGAAGCACGUAACUUCAUCAACGUGUGGCUCACAGUCCUCGCCUGCGUGUGCUACUGCUACUUCGUCUCCUCCAAACUCCCUCCGGGCAGGCUCAGGCUCUUCUCCCUCCUCCCCGUCUUCUCCCUCUUCGCCGCCCUCCCCCUCCGGCUCUCCACCGUCCUCCCCACCGGCGUCACCGCCUUCUUCGUCACCUGGCUCGCCUCCUUCAAGCUCCUCCUCUUCUCCUUCGACCGAGGCCCCCUCUCCUCCGUUCCCGGUUCUCAUCCCGACCCAUCGAAGUGCCUCUUCCUCUUCAUCCUCUUCGCGUGCUUCCCCGUCAAAAUCAGGCAAGCGCAAGACUACCCAUCUCCCCAAACCCCCAAAUUGCCCCUCAAUUUCCCCUCAAAAUUGCUGCUUUGCGGAGUCUCCAUCCUCGUGCAUGACCACCGGGACAAGUUGCUGUUGCAGGCGCACCCGAAGCUGGUUCUGCUUCUCUAUUCGUGCAUGCUUUAUCUCUUCGUCGACAUGAUCAUGGGGCUAAGCAACGCCGCCGCGCGCGCCGUCCUCGGCGUCGAGCUCCAGAUGCCCUCCGACGAGCCCUACCUGUCCACGUCGCUCCAAGAUUUCUGGGGCAGGAGGUGGAACCUCACCGUGACCAACGCCCUGCGGCACACCAUGUACAGGCCCCUGAAGUCGUUCCUCGAACCGCGCUUGGGCGCCGCGUGGCCGGUGGCGGCGGCGGUAAUGGCGGCGUUCCUUGUGUCCGGGCUGAUGCACGAACUGCUGUACUACUACAUGGUACGCGCGAGGCCCACGUGGGAGGUGACGAGGUUUUUCAUGCUGCAGGGGGCGUGUGUGGUGGUGGAGGUGGCGGCGAAGGGGGCGGUGGGGGAGAGGUGGAGGCUGAGCAGGGCGGUGGCGAUGCCGCUGACGGUGGGGUUCGUGGCGGCCACCGCUAUGUGGCUGUUCUUCCCGCAGCUGAUCAGGAAUGGGGCAGACGUGAGGGCCAUUAGAGAGUGCAAGGCUUUGGUGGAGUGGCUGAAGCCUAAGUUGUGACUUCAGAUUUGGUCGAUUGAAUCUAAUCUGCGGCAACUAAGGACGAGGGAGAGAACUUGAGCAACGAUAUCAUGGCCAGGAGCGACAUUGAAGCCUUCAAUUUGAAGGGAGUGGCUCAACCAUAAAUGCACAGCGAUGAUCGGCUUUUACACAGUGCUGGCGAUUCUGCCAAUGACUGGAUGGAGGAGCUAGCCGCAGACAGAGAGGAAGAUGAGAGAGAAAAAAGAGAAAUUGAUUUUUAAUAUUUUUAUUUAUUUGCCACAUCAUGAAUGAGUGUCAAUUUCAAAUUGAAUUUGUAACAAAAAUACAUGUCACGUCGUCCUCCAACGGUACGUGAUAACUAACCCUUUCUCA